AUACAUUCAUCGCGUCAAACCACUUAUUCGGACGAAGACCAGUUGUUAGUGAUAACUUAUACGGGGAACUCGUGUCGUUCGUUUUGUAAACUUUAUUUUAAAUAUCAUGUCUAAAAUACACAACUUCGGCGCAGGCCCGGCUAAACUGCCAGAAGAGGUGUACGACAUACUAAAGAAUGAAUUAACUAACUUCGAUGGUACGGGAAUUAGUUUAUUGGAGACCAGUCACCGCUCACCGACGUAUUUUAAAUUAAAUAAAGAUGUACAAGAUGUUGUACGGAGAUUAUUAAAUGUUCCAGACAAUUACAAGGUUAUCUUCUUGUCUGGAGGGGGUCAGGGUCAGUUUGCAGCAGUGCCACUGAACCUAAUAUCCAGAACAGGAACAGCAGACUAUGUAGUUACAGGUACAUGGUCCGCAAAAGCUGCAAAAGAAGCGAAGAAAUACGGCAAAGUGAACUUAGUAUUGCCGCCUACUGAUCGUUAUGUCGACAUACCUGACCAGUCCACAUGGAACCUCGACCCUAACGCCUCAUAUGUACACAUUUGCACAAAUGAGACCAUUCACGGUAUUGAAUUUGAUUUCAUACCUGACACGAAAGGAGUACCUCUGGUUGCUGAUAUGUCCUCAAAUUUUAUGUCAAAGAAAGUUGAUGUUUCCAAGUUUGGCGUUAUCUACGGUGGUGCUCAAAAGAACAUUGGUACAGCGGGUGUUGCUCUCGUGAUCGUCAGAGAAGAUCUCCUCAACCAAGCAUUACCGAUUUGUCCUUCAAUUCUAGAUUGGACUGUAAAUUCAAAGGCCGAUUCUAUACUCAACACGCCACCUAUGUUUGCGAUCCACGUUAUGGGAAGAGUUCUACAAUGGAUCGAAAGAUUAGGAGGUUUGGACACAAUGGCCGAACUAGCUAACAAGAAGUCAUCAUUGAUUUACGACAUAAUCGAACAAUCGAAUGGCUUUUAUUACGCACCUGUCGCUAAGAAUGUCAGGAGUAAAAUGAACAUUCCAUUCAGGAUAGGUAAAGCUGAUGAGGCCUUAGAGAAAGAGUUCUUGAAAGGUGCAGAGGCCCUAAACCUAAUCCAACUCAAAGGACACAGGGACGUUGGCGGAAUACGUGCAUCAACUUAUAAUGCAGUUACAGUAGAAGAAGUGGAGAACCUAGCGAAAUACAUGAAAGAAUUUUAUAAGAAGCAUGCUAAGUAAAUUCUAACAAAAUCUCUUGUUUUUAUAAAACAACAAUAAAAUAUUCAGUAAACACGUAAUCCACUUAAAACUGUUUAAAAGUUAUCAAAUGAUAAAUACAUAUUUUGGUUUGAUUAUGGAUUCACACGUUUUAAUUGUCUCGAACUUGUAAUAAUGAAUUGAUAUUAUCUUAAUAUACUUAACGAUUGGCUGUGUUUAAAUUGUUAUUUUCAUGAACUUGCUUAUCUAGUUUUAUAUUUUAUCACGAAUUAGAAUAAGAUACAACUCUUUAUUUGCCGUUUAUGGUUUUGGAAAAAACGAUUAAUGUAAUAAAUAUCAUACUUGUCAAAAAACCUUUUGUUUUACCCCAAGAAUUUAUGUGCAGAACCCAAAAAAAUACUCGAAGUGAAAGUGAAACUACUUAAAUACAGCUAUUAAUAUUUAUCCGAACCUUUCAUAUGAAUACGUCGAAUUGUAUUGUAAGUAUUGUCAUACAAGUAUUUGAAUAAAACGAAAUUUUAUUUUAUUGUUUA